AACACGUGUGGCCUAUAACAAACGUCUCGCUCUUCAAUUACAUUAUCGAGUUCUGUGCUGUCCAAGAUGUUUACUGCGAUUUUCACCAGCUUGAAGAGCUUCUUCGGAGGCAAACCGGCGGUCAUCCGCAACGAGACAACUGUCAUCAGCGAUGAGAGGAACACCAACAACAAGCGGGCCUUGACCUCCGACGAGGAACCCAGCAAGAAGAGCAAGCGCGAGUAUGUCCGUGAAAAACCGGUCAUUCCAGAAGGCAUGACUAAGAACCAGUGGAAGAAGCUCGAGAAGGUGCGGCUCUGGGAGGAGCGCAAGCCGGAGUACGCAAAGAUCAGAAAGCAGAAGCGUCUUCAGGCGGCAAAGAACAAGAAGGAAAAGAUUCAGGAAUUGAUCGCUAAGGGUGAAUCCUACGACCACUUAAAGCAGAACCGCAAAAAGAUCAACAAGGAGAUCAAACAUUCGGACUGUACCGUCAUUGUGGACUGCGGUUUCGACGAAAAAAUGGUGGUGAAGGAGAGAACCAGCUUGAGCACCCAGUUGGCCAGAUGUUUUAGUGAAAACAGAAGACACGAGUACAAGGUUGAUUUGCGCUUCACCUCGUUUAACGGGUUGUUGAAGGAGAGAUUCGACAAGUUCCUCCCUGACCACAAAUACUGGCCAGCCGAGUUUGUCUCUCUCGAGGCAGAUGAGAUCAGCCCCGAAAUCCUCAAAAUGUCUGACGAAGAAAAGGCAAAGGUGGUUUACUUGUCUGCGGAUGAAGGCAGCACCGUCUUGGAGGAGUUGAAGGCCGGAGAAACGUAUAUCAUCGGGGGUAUUGUCGACAAGGGCAGAUACAAGAACCUCUGCUACGACAAGGCCAAGGCUUUGGGUAUUCGCACCGCCAGAUUACCGAUCGAUGAGUAUAUUAAGCUUAGCGGUAGGAAGGUUUUGACCACCAGUCAUGUGUUUGAGUUGAUGGUCAACUGGUUGGAAAACAAGGACUGGAAGAAGUCCUUCGAUACCGUGCUUCCGCCUAGAAAGUUUGCGGACUUUGGCAAGACCGAGGAGCAGUUGGACGCCGAGGAGGAGAAGCGGAAUGCUAUCCAGGACUUGAAGGAAGAGGAUGUUUCCAAGGCUGAAACCGCCGAAAUUGAAGUUGUCGAAAAGACUGACUAGCUUCAGGCAAACACUACGCUCACCCCGUGACUCCUGAAGUCCAUGUACAUUAACCAGUAACGCUACGCUGUAUUAGGAGUAUAUAAUUACCCGUCAUUAUAACGCUGUAGGAGAGUGCGCAAAAUUGGGUGAUGCUUGCCUCUACACCAGUGGUUCAU